AUGGUCGUGGCUGCCUCCAUGGAUUAUGCCAUGGUGGGGAGGCAGCUACCGUGGCCACCUCUAUGGAUCUCACCGUGGAUGAUGGGGGCGUGCUGUGGAUGGUGGGGAGCCGCCAGGGGUGGGAAGGGUGUCGCUGUGGUUGGGAAGGACACCGCCGCGGCAUCCGCCGCCAUCGCUCGCAAACAUGGUGGGGACGACACAUGUUUUCGUUGCCAAGAACGCCACCAGCGGCGACGGGCCAGCAUCACCGCUGCUUUGGCGGCGCAAGAGGACCAAAUUGGCAGUGAGCAAAGCAUUCUCACCGUAUUCAUCAAGCAGGGAGUGUACAAUGAGACUCUAAAUAUCACCCGGAAGCAUGUGAUCCUGAUCGGAGAAGGCGCCGGAAAGACGGUGAUCACCGGGAACAAGAGCCACCGGUUUGACAACCUCAGCACGCCGGACACUGCUACCGUGAGUGUUCAUGGGAUGGGAUUCAUGGCCCAGGAUCUGACCAUCCAAAACACUGCAGGCCCGGAGGGUCUGCAGGCCGUGGCAUUGAUGUCGAGGUCACACUUCUCCCUGGUGUACCGGUGCUCCAUCGAGGGCUAUCAAGAUACCCUCAAUGCAGACACUGGAGACCAGAUCUAUUUGGAGACAGACAUCCGUGGCACAAUAGAUUUUGUGUUUGGAUACGCCAGGGCGGCCUUCCAAGGUUGUCGGCUACUGGUUCGCAGCUCCGGCGCCAGCAAACCCGGCGCUCACAAUGUUGUCACCGCGCAGGGCCGUAGCAACCCCUUGGAUAGAUCUGGAUUCUCCUUCCAGAACUGUUCGGUCACCGCCGACGAGGGUGCAAACCUCACAGGGGUGGAGACCUUCCUCGGCCGUCCGUGGAAGGAACACUCCCAUGUCAUCUUCAUGGAGACCUUCCUCAGCUCCAUCGUCAACUUCACCGGCUGGGUGGAGUGGAACCGGAGCAGCGGCCACAUUCCAGACACGGUGGUGUAUCUGGAGUACGCCAACUACGGGCCUGGCGCCGACACGAGCCGCCGCAUCAACACCACCGCCGUGCGUGUCGUCACCAACUGCAGUGAGGCGGCGCAGUACACCGCGGACCCUUUCGUCAACGCCAGCGCCUGGAUGCCCAAGGACAAGGAGGGCAGAUACAUCAUACCCUACGCACGCGGCUUGAUCGUCCGCGACCCGGCGUGCCCAGCCCCAGCCCCUCCAACAAAGGCAUGA